UCGGAUUCACCGCCGGAGGACCGUCCCGUCCUCCCAUAGACUGCCCGGACCGCUCAGAAAACAAGCCUCUCAUCCCGAUACGAGCACUACACUGUUUUCCUCUUUUGUCUACGCCUCGUUUACAAUGUGAAGCAGAAUGUCCGGGACAAGCGCUGAUUGGGUGGAGAUCCUGGAGCCACGCUCCCGCGAGCGUAUGUAUGUGAAUUUGACCACUGGUGAAUGCGGCUGGGAUCCCCCACCAGGCGUUCCUGUCCGCCAGGCAGACGGUAACCAGUGGUGGGAGUUGUUUGACCCCCACAGUGGCCGCUUUUACUACUACAACUCCACUGGGCGCCGCACAGUCUGGCAUCGACCCCAGGGAGCCGAUAUAGUUCCCCUCUCCCAGCUCCAGGCCAUGAAGCGAUGCAGUGAGGCCAAGCAGGCCGGAGGGGGUGUGGAGAGGCACCACCAUGGGACCACAGGGAGUAUCAGCAGUGUUGGGAGCCAGGGGCGCUGCACACCUCUGCCCGAGCAGGACAGUGACAGCCUGGUCCCCAGAGCCCUGGAGCCCAACGAGGAGACUGCCAACCCCGAGCUGGACCCAGCAGUGGAGAGCAGAUCGCAGGGAGAUGGAAGCAGCACCGAACACAGCACAGAUAGCUGCAAAGAGCCACAGAGGGAUGCUUCUCAGAGAUGGCAGCCAGCACCCGGUUCUAAGGCAGCCAUGUUGGUGAAGGUGAACAGCAUGACCCGUGGCCAACCCAACCAAGCAAUGCAGCAGCACCUCCAGCACAGUGCACAUAGCAAAGCCAAUACCUUCACCCUGCAUCCCACCAGCAACAAAGCCCAAGGAGGACACUUAAACUCUGCCCAGGGAUAUAAAACUGCUCCUUCUGGCAAAAUGGCAGGUGACUCACGUCAGGCCCAUCACCUGAGAAAAGCCAGCAAUGGCAGCUUUUGUUUGGUGACAUCAGACAACAGCCAGCCAAGUCCACUCCUUCACAGGUCACAGACCAGCACACCACGCCCCGUCUCCCCCCAGUAUGGUUGCACUGCCCCAAUCUAUGAUGAGCCGGUUUCUGAGUGUCCCAUUUAUGAUGAACCCCCUACAGACAUGGAGGUAGAGGGAGCCCAUCUGUACAAUGGACAACCUCUGUCUCGCUUGACACCUACCCAGAGUCUCCAGAAGCCCAGACACCUCCAACACCCUGGUUCAUCUCAUCCAGGGUCCAGACACAGGAGGAAUCCUUCUUCCUCUGACUACAGCCCAGCUGGUCUGGAGUGCAUCAAGCACAUGGUCAACGUGGACCCCAAACAAGGGCUCUUAUCCAGCUCUCCUGUUCCCACACGUGCUCCUUCCCCAACCUCCAAGCUGGACAAUGUCUUGAUCCAACCUCAGCCACAUCCCCAGCCCCAGGCCCACUCUUUGCAACAUGCUCGAGGCCAGAUGAGGGACAGAGAAUCUGGAAACCCUGGCCCAAGUUCACUGGACAAGAAACAAAACUGGCGGGUCCUGGAGGCCACUGUGCAGCGCGCCAUGGAGGCACGACACAGCAGGCAGAGCAGCCAGGCCUCACAAGACUUCCCCUCCUCAACUCCACAGGCCACAGCAAACUAUCAAGACUCUGGUUACUCCACCGGACCAUCCCCAAGUCUGAGAAGAAAGAGCAGGAGGAGAGUGGGAGCUGGUGGAGGUACGGGAGGCAGGCCAGGGUCAGUAGGCAGCAGUGGGGAGCUGUCCGCCCUCAAUGAGAGGCUAAUGGCUGAGAUGAGGGAGGUAGUGAGUCGCUCUAACACCAUGAGGGAGGUGAGAGCAGGACUGGACCCGGACAUGGGGGAGAGGGUUGUUGUACCUCGGACACGAUCCCCUGCAGGCUCACUCAGGUGGUUUGGAGGAGGUGGAGCAGGGUCAACAGGCAUGUGUGCAUCACGAGAGGACCUCACUGGGGCUUCCCGGUCACUCAAAGGGGCAGGUAACUAUGGCAACCCUGCUCUGACUCCUUUGGACAUACCAGGGAGGCAAAAAAGGACCUAUGAAAAGGUGGACACCUUGGAGAUGAGUGUAAAUAGCCAGGCCAGCCUUUCCUCACCAGAGACCCCAGGACCACCCUCACAGGUGGGCACCCUAGAGCUGCAGGCUCAGUUGGAGAGUAGGAAGAAAGGCAUGGUGGAUGGAAGGACAGCUUCACUGGGUCCCCACCGCUCUGCCAACCAUGACAGCAGAGAGGGAGGUGAUGGCUCAGGCGGCAGAGCAGGAUCCGCCUACCAGCUCUCCUACGCCACCCUGCGGCAGCCCCCACCUCCUGACAUGGGCAUGGAGGACUGGGCCAGCAAGCACCUCAACAUGCACACACAAGGCUUGUUCCGACGCCGAGUCUCCAUCGCCAACAUGUUGUCUUGGAACCGUGGAUCCAUCAAAAAGCCCAUGCUCGUCACCAGCAACCGCGCCGUCAGGAAGGAGGCCUGCGAGAUGUUCAAGCUGGUGCAGGCCUACAUGGGAGACAGGCCUUCACGCCUUGAUCGACGCCACUGCGCCCUGCUCAUCGUCACCAAGUGCUGGGACAUGCCGGGGCUGCGGGACGAGCUGUACGUGCAGCUGGUGAGACAGACAACGGGCAAUGCCAGUCCCAGAAGCUUGGCGGCAGGCUGGGAGUUGAUGGCUGUCAGCUUGGCCUUCUUUGCCCCCUCACCCAAGUUCCGCUGCUACCUGGAGGGCUACAUCCAGAGACACACGGAGCCCACCAGCGACAAGAAAUGUGAGUCUCAGAGUGAGCAACAGGUGACUCAGUUCAUACUGGAACAGCAGGAACUAAAGCUGAAGAAGAAUUCAAAGUCCAGAAAGAAGCGAAAACAGAAUACAGAAGAGGAAGAAGGCCUUCCUAUCAGCACGUAUGCUAAGUUCUGCCAUCGCAAGCUGCAGAAGGUGGCAAUCACUGGUGGCAAAAAGGGCCUACGUAAGCCCACCUUGGAGGAGAUCGACCACAGCAGACGUGCCAUCGUCACCCCCUCCCUUUUUGGCAGUUCUCUGGAGGAGGUGAUGGAAAGGCAGAGCGAGUUAUUCCCAGACAGGAAACUGCCCUGGGUGCAGGUUCAGCUCUCCCAGUAUGUUCUGGCUCUGGGCGGGGCUCAGACAGAGGGCAUCUUCAGAGUGCCUGGAGACAUCGAUGAAGUGAAUGCAUUGAAGCUCCAAGUAGACCAGUGGAGGAUCCCAGAGAAUCUCUCCGACCCCAAUGUUCCUGCCUCUCUGAUGAAGCUCUGGUAUCGAGAGCUGGAGGAGCCUCUCAUCCCCAUGAACUUCUACAAGCAGUGCGUUAGUAACUGUGACGACCCGGUGGCAGCCAUCGCUGUGGUGCAGUCUCUGCCUGAGCUCAACAGGCUGGUUCUCUGUUAUUUCAUCCACUUCCUACAGGUAUUUGCUCAGCCAUCCAACGUUGCAAUAACCAAGAUGGAUGUGAACAACCUGGCCAUGGUGAUGGCUCCUAACUGCCUCAGAUGCCAAUCCGACGACCCACGGAUCAUCUUUGAAAACACACGCAAGGAGAUGUCCUUCUUGAGAAUGCUCAUCGUUCACCUGGACACCAGCUUCAUCGAAGGGGUGGUGUAGACACUGUAAAGCACAGAGCUCACCUCAGGUGCUGGAUCAUCCAUCCAGCAUCUCCAGUUACACAUUCAUAAUCAUGCAUAAACACUGUCUCUGUUCAGACCACACUGGAAACGGUUGGGGUGAGAUAUUACACCUCUUACAAUGCGAGGAGUCUGAGAACAGCUUGGACUUUGGGCCCUUGUGCUCUCUUGCUUUCUUAAUGAGAGAAAACAUGCAUCAUCCUAGGUUUCACUGUUUUUGAUACUAAAAUCCACAGUGGCUGCUUUUAAGCAGUUCACUCUAAUGACUGUAUUUUCUAACCGCCGCAUGUGAAAACAGAUUUACCCUUUUUUUCUUACUGAAUGGGUAAUAAUACAGUUACAUUGGACAACUGGGCUGUGCAAAGUGAGAGUCUUGCAGUAUUUACUUAAGAAGAAUUCACUUGCACAAAAACUCUUAAGGCAGCAGUGUUGACGCUCUGCUUCUUUGUUUUAGGCUCUCUGAUUUCAUUCAAGUGUGUGUGUGUGGGAUUGUCAGCGUGUGAACAAAAGACACUUUUAUCAUGUACAUAAAAUUGAAAAUAUGAAAAGUAAAAUAAUUCUUGUAAUGGUGUCUUAUUAAUAAGCUUGCCUGUGCUGUUUUGAGUAGUUGUACUGAUAGCUGGUCUCCUCGUAUUUCUUUUUACGAGACAUAAAAAGCCGCAUCGCCACAGCUGUUCUGACAGAGGACAGCCUUCAUUUCAAAGCACAAGCUGAAAGGAUGUGCAGAAAGCUCUUUCUAAUGGAUGGUGGUGAUUUUCUAAGCAAAUAAACAUAGAAGUGCUUUGAUUUUUACAAAUUUAAACACUCGCUGAAGCCAGACGGGAGCGUUAACUCUAAUUACAGUUUAUGUUGUAGUGAUGUGGGAGGCUGGUUGUUCAACUGACGAAACUGUUUCGCUAUUGUCUCUCAGAAAUAUUUCAAUUGGAACUGUGUUCUCUUUUGUUUGUGAUCUGUAUGUUAUGUUUCUUGGCUCAGGUCUUUUGAUAAAACGGGUGAUGGAUGUGAUAACUGUACAUGGCCUGUCUUACAGACUGAAAAUUUGAUGAAUCUGACACAAACCCCUGUACUGAGAAUGGAGUAUUGUUCAACUGUUGAGCAAUAUGAGAAUGUAAAUCGAGCUUUUUGUGUCCCCUCUCAGGCUUUGCCGAUGUAAAUAAAUACUGCGUGUAAAAUAGUAUUAACUUUCCUUAAGUAUAUUCUAAUGAUCAGGUUAUGGGUGAAGUUAACUGUUGCUGUAAAGAGCAAUAAAAAGUGUUUUUUUUUGUAAUUAACUGUUCAUUUCUCUGCUGUAACCACUUGCCUUUUGAACAUAGGAAUGACUCAAACCACUUUCCAUGUAUGUGCGUGUAUUGUGUGUUUCCAUACCUUCUUGUCAUAAUAUGGAAUGACUGUCCAUAAAUAAAGGUUUGUUUAAUUGUU